GGUCGUUCGACUUAUCGGUGGUCUUUGAAACAUAGUCAGUUCUGCCAGGAAGUUUAAUCAACCGCGGAGCAGCAAGAUCGAAAAUCGGACACAGGGAUCUGCUCUUUGGCUAAAAUGAUUUUCAACCGGUUUUUAAUCAGAGCUGUUCUCAACGGCAAAGCUGGAUCCAGGUCUGUAUUCACGAGCUCCAAGCCAGACACUGCCAACCCCAACUGGUUGAGAGUUGGCCUUGCCUUUGGAACAUCUGCUCUCCUUUGGGGCCUGCUCUUCAGGCAGCACAGCACAGAUGUACAUGAGUACAAAGUGAGGAAUGGUCUGGAAUAACCCACCACACUGGAGUCCUCAGGUUCUGUCUCUGCGAUGGACCUGUUCCUCCACUUGUUUCUAUUUCCACUGUUCCUGAUUCCUCACUCUGCAUUCUGUGUAAAAUAAAAUCUAAUAUGUGAAAAAAGACACAA